AUGUCGAAUAACAAUGCAAAUGUACUAUCACAGAUGGAUGACCUGAUGGCAGAGUUGGGCAUCUUGGGCGAUCAGGCCAACACACAGAUGCAGACAAGCUCAGGCAACCUUAAUACAUCGGCAAAGGGAGGUAACUUCUUGUCGUCUGGACCGGGACUCGUGCGCCCUCAGAUGACACAGAGCUCGGGUUUGGCCUCGGUCGGCGUGUCAGCCGCCACCCCCAUAUCACUGGCGCAGGUCACGCCCGACGGCCGUCUCGUCAAGCCAACAGGCCCACCAUGCGCACACUGUGGCGAGAUGAUCAUUGGUAUCUCCACAAACGCCCUCGGCAAGACCUACCACCCAGAGCACUUUGUCUGCACCUACUGCCACCAGCCAUUCAAGGGCUCGUUCAUCGAGCACGAGGGCAAGCUCUAUUGUGACCAAGACUACAACGACCUGUUCAGUCCUCGCUGCUCGGGCUGCCAAAAGCCCAUUGAGGACAACUGCAUCACAGCCGUCGGCAACCGCUACCAUCCCGAGUGCUUCAGCUGCAGCGGCUGUGGCACAUCGCUCAAGGGCAAGCCAUACAAGGAGGAGGACGGCGAGUGCUACUGCACCACCUGUAAGGUGGCCCGCCAGAAGCGUCUGGCCUCCAAGCACGAGAUCUGUGCCAAGUGCAAGCUGCCAAUCACUGGCGAGUACAUUACAUUGGGCGGACAGCCACUCCACUCUGAGCAUUACCGCUGUGAGGAGUGUGGCUGUGAGUUCAAGGGCAAGACCUGUCACGAGUAUGAAGGUAGACUCUACUGUUACGAUGACUAUCAGAAGCAAAUUAGAAAUAUCUGUGGUGGCUGUUCAAAGCCUAUUGUUGGACGUUCAGUUACAGCCUUGGGCAAGGUCUGGCAUCCAGAGCAUUUCACCUGUACAACAUGCCAAGUACCAUUCGCAGGCAGUUCAUUCAGAGAGCAUCAAGGCAAACCAUACUGUGAGACUCAUUAUCAUCAGUACUUUGGACGUCUUUGUGUCAAGUGUAACAUACCGGUUGUGGAGAAGGGCGUUGAAGCCUUUGGAAAGAUCUACCAUCGCGAGCAUUUCACUUGCCAGGGUUGUGAUACACUGCUCGGCAAGGAGGUGCUGGACUGGGACGGAAAGCCUCUGUGCUACAAGUGCUACGAAGCGCUGCCCAAGGAGGUGCGCAAGAGAAUCAAACAAAAGAAGCACGGAGACAAGAAGAUCGCCACCGAGCGAGAGAAGCUGGCCAAGAAGGAGGCAAAGGAGCGAUUGAGGGAGAAAGAGAGAACAGCAGCAGCAGCCGCAGCCUCCAAGAAGAAA